ACUUAUUAAAUAGCAGCGUCUCUUCAGGUUUGUGAUGACUGAUCCAGCGGGAGCGUCUUCAUCCGAUUCACUGGUUCAAGAGUUUUUGAAGGAGAUUGGUCAAAGUGAGGCAAAAGACAGCCGCCAACUCAAGAGUGAGCAAGAAAUUCACAGAUUGACCAGAACUGGCUCUUCCUACUUCAAUCUAAACCCAUUUGAGGUUUUAAACGUGGAUGUUGAGACGCCUAUGGAAACGAUUCGCAGUCGUUACAAGAGGCUAUCGGUGGUAGUGCAUCCUGACAAAAACAUGAACGACAGAGAACGUGCGCAGAAGGCUUUUGAUGCUAUCAAAAAAGCACUGGAACAACUUGAGAAUGAAGAUGUACGUACGGGAUGUAUCCAACUGAUUAAUGACUGCAAAGAAAAAGUGACUACAGAGAUGGAAGCUCAUAGACGCAAAUUAAAAAAAGAAGGCAAACCUCCGAAUGUCCCUGAAGAUGAUCCCUCAGUAUUCAAAGAAAAAGUUCGCAAAGAGUGUUUAAAAGCAUUCGCAGAUACCGAGCUAAGAAAACGGAAAGCCGAAGAUUUGCAUUCAAAGGAGCAAAAAAGACAGUCUGUAGAAGAGCAGAAGGAAACAGAAACUGCCAAGAAGCAGAAAGAGUGGAAUGAAAAGUGGGAGAAAGGACGAGACACCAGAUUCGAUUCUUGGAACAGCUUCAAGUCCCAAGGAGUCAAAAAGACGAAAAAAGCCAAAGGAAUUUUCAAACCACCCAAAGUACGCGCCGAGCAGAGAUGAUUUUGCCCAUGGACAAUCCAAGAGCGGUUCAUGUGCCCGUUUCUGUUUCUAAGGGCGGCGAAUAUGUUGCAAUAUUUGUAACGUGAGCGGUCUCUAAAACAGUUUUUCUAGAAAUUAUUAGAUGUCACUUAGGCAAUGUUUGAUAAUAUGUCAACUAUUUGUUAAAUUUUAUGUCAUAUUUAAUUGUUGAGUUCAACUCUGAACUUCAAAUUAAAAUUGACCCGUCAAAA